AAUUAAUAAGCCGAGGUACGUCUCGGAAUAGUUUUGGAGGAGGUCGGACAUAUACCGAUCUUCCACUUUCAAGAGACUCGAUAAAGAAACAUCAUUGACUCAUAAAUCUAGAUACAUGUUGGCACGAUCUUGCAAUCUUAUGUUUGUAUAAUGUUCAGUUGCAUAUAAAAUCGCAUAGGAACCCUAGACGGUACAAUGGCUAACCAUAAGAAGCCGAAAGUGCUUCUCUUCGAUAUCGGAGGCGUUUGUGUCAUCUCACCUUUCCAGUCCAUAUUAGACUAUGAACUAAGUCUAGGGAUACCACCAGGCUGGAUUAACUAUUCCAUCUCUAGAACAGCACCUAGUGGUUUUUGGCAUAGGUUGGAAAGGGGCGAGGUUAUCUUGGAUGAUACGUUCUACGCCGGUUUCGAUAAAGACUUACAUGAUCCCGUACGGUGGGACGCUUUCUACAAGAUCCAGCAGUCGAAGAACCCGAGUCUUUCCAAGGAGGUUCCUCCGCUUCCGAAUCUAGACGCACAUUGGCUCUUCAACGAUAUGAUGACGGCUUCAACCGCUCCAGACCCGUGGAUGCAUCCGGCACUGAGGAAUUUGAAGAAUAGCGGGGAGUUCAUCCUGGCUGCACUUAGCAAUACCAUCAUCUUCCCUCCAGGUCACGCACUUCAUCGGGAGGAUUUCUUCGCCGACCCAAUCAGGGAACUAUUCGAUGUUUUCGUGUCAUCGGCGCACGUAGGACUACGGAAGCCGGACCCUAAGAUAUAUGAAUACGCGCUGAACGAAGUAGACAAGUUUGCCAAGUCUCAUGCUGAUGAGGCGCGAGGGCGAUCGCUGGGUUGGAAAGACGGGGUAAAGCCGGAGGAUGUUGUCUUCCUCGAUGAUAUUGGCGAGAACCUGAAAGCUGCCAAGAAGAUAGGGUUUCGCACCAUCAAAGUGCCAUUGGGAAGAGCAUUCGAGGCAGUUGACGAACUCGAAGUUAUCACCGGACUCAAAUUAGCCGGUAACCAUCCUAGGAUACCUAUUAAACCCAAGUUAGGAGGCACGAAUGCCAAAUUAUAGUUACCUACAUAGUAGACAAUAGGGAUAAUUAUAGGCCAGUUCAUUACGUAGAGCGGAGAGCUGGGAGCGGACAAUGGGACCAGGUUUAUUUUACGUCAUGCAAAUCUGUUGACGAGUAGAUGUGUCGAUAUUCGGUUGCCCAGGUGGGUAAUGAAUUUAAUGAUU